AUGAAUUUUCUGGUUUCAAGGACCCAUAGAAUAGAAGACUUCACAAGCCACAAAAUGAUCACCUUAAUAGACUUCUACCAUGUCAUGACUGCAAUGGUGCCACUCUAUGUGGCUAUGAUACUAGCCUAUGGCUCAGUUAAGUGGUGGAAGAUUUUCUCCCCUGAUCAAUGUUCUGGCAUCAACCGUUUUGUGGCACUCUUUGCAGUGCCUCUUCUUUCCUUCCACUUCAUAGCAUCCAACAACCCUUACAAGAUGAACCUUAGGUUCCUAGCUGCUGACACCCUUCAGAAGAUCAUAAUACUAGUCCUUCUUGCAGUUUGGAGCAACUUCACCAAAAGGGGUUGCUUGGAGUGGACCAUCACCUUGUUUUCCCUCUCCACCCUCCCAAACACUUUGGUCAUGGGCAUCCCUUUGCUCAAAGGGAUGUACGGUGAGUUCUCAGGGAGCCUAAUGGUGCAAAUUGUGGUCCUCCAGUGCAUCAUUUGGUACACCUUGAUGCUGUUCAUGUUUGAGUUCAGGGGUGCCAGAAUGCUAAUCUCUGAGCAGUUCCCUGACACUGCUGGCUCCAUUGUCUCCAUCCAUGUGGACUCUGAUGUCAUGUCAUUGGAUGGAAGGCAACCACUAGAGACUGAAGCUGAGAUUAAAGAAGAUGGGAAACUCCAUGUCACAGUGAGGAAAUCCAAUGCCUCAAGAUCAGACAUAUUCUCCAGAAGGUCUCAGGGUCUUUCUUCCACCACCCCACGCCCUUCUAACCUCACAAAUGCAGAGAUAUACUCUUUGCAAUCUUCUAGGAACCCGACACCAAGAGGGUCUAGCUUCAACCAUACUGACUUCUACUCAAUGAUGGCUGCCGGUGGCAGGAACUCCAACUUUGGAGCCUCUGAUGUUUAUGGCCUUUCAGCUUCAAGAGGGCCAACUCCAAGGCCUUCUAACUACGAAGAAGAUGGUGGGAAGCCAAAGUUUCACUACCAUGCUGGUGGAACUGGACACUACCCUGCACCAAACCCUGGCAUGUUCUCUCCAUCUAAUGGGUCCAAAAGUGUUGCUGCUGCUAAUGCAAAUGCUAAUGCCAAGAAGCCUAAUGGGCAGGCUCAGCUGAAACCUGAGGACGGGAAUAGGGACCUUCAUAUGUUUGUUUGGAGUUCAAGCGCUUCACCAGUUUCUGAUGUGUUUGGUGCCCAUGAAUAUGGAGGUCAUGAUCAGAAAGAAGUCAAAUUGACUGUAUCUCCAGGAAAAGUGGAGAAUCAUAGAGACACCCAGGAGGACUACUUAGAAAAAGAUGAGUUCAGCUUUGGGAACAGAGGAAUGGAUAGGGAGAUGAAUCAGCACGAGGGUGAGAAAGUUGGAGAUGGGAAGCCAAAAACCAUGCCUCCAGCAAGUGUGAUGACAAGGCUUAUAUUGAUUAUGGUGUGGAGAAAACUCAUCAGAAACCCCAACACCUACUCCAGUCUAAUUGGCCUCACUUGGUCUCUUGUUUCAUUUAGGUGGAAUGUUGAGAUGCCUGCCAUAAUAGCAAAGUCUAUCUCCAUAUUGUCAGAUGCAGGGCUUGGCAUGGCCAUGUUCAGUCUUGGUCUCUUCAUGGCUUUGCAACCGAGGAUCAUAGCAUGUGGAAAUUCCAUAGCAGCUUUUGCCAUGGCUGUGAGAUUCCUUACAGGUCCAGCUGUCAUGGCAGCUGCUUCCAUUGCUGUUGGACUCAAAGGUGUUCUCCUACACGUUGCCAUUGUUCAGGCAGCUCUUCCCCAAGGAAUUGUCCCAUUUGUCUUUGCCAAGGAAUAUAAUGUACAUCCUGAUAUUCUCAGCACAGCUGUCAUUUUUGGGAUGUUGAUUGCGUUGCCCAUAACUCUAGUGUACUACAUUUUGAUGGGGUUGUGA